AUGAGCCAAAAUUAUUUUCGUCGACAAGUAACAAGUAAUCGAAGAAAAUCGACAACAUUGCCCGUUUUUCUUCAAGGAGAUGAAAAUAUAAAUAAUCGUCGUUUAAGUAUAUAUUUAAAUGGUCAACAUCGCUUAUAUACACUAUCUCAAAUAUUUUUACCUCAUGGAGGAGGAUACCAUGCUCAAGAACAUCUUCUAUCAACAAGUUCAGAAUCACAUCAAUCAUUUGUUUUAAUGACAGUUGAAGAUGAUCGGAAUGGUGAAGGAGAAAGAAGAUUAUCAAUUAUAUGUGGAUUAUAUCAUCCAAUUGAUGAAGAAACUUUUCAAUAG